GGAGAACGACCACAAGAUUCAGGCAUCUUACGUAUCCUAUCCUUCCUCGGUCCUUAUCCUUCUCUUCCCUCCCCCAUUACUCACUCUCGUUCGUAAUUCCUUCUUUUCCCUUUUAUCCACAUUUCAUUGGACUUUCUUUCCUUACUAAAUUUGUCUUCGGCGAUCUCGGUCCCUUUCCAUUAUAUCAUUGUUAUCGCUAGUCAUCCCGCUUUCUCUCUGCGGGAUUUAUCUCCCAUCAUGAAGUCGCUGGCUACGUCGUUGCUUGGAUUCCUCCUCCUUCUCUCAGCACCCCAUGCUUCCGUUUACGCUGCCUCAGAUUCAACGGGCUCAAACGCCUUACCGCCCUGUGUAGCACGCUCUCCGACCUCCGGUCUCUACUACGAUCUGAAUUCAAUCUCUCUAUCCCCACCGAAGACGAAGGACGAAAAGCUUCGUGGAAACGUCCGCGAUGAGAGCUGGCAUGCCAAGGGUCAUGACUACCAUGCAAACUUCACGAUAAACGUUUGCGCUCCGGUGGUGGAGGAUGUCAAAGAUGUGGUCGGGGUCGACCGCGCAAGAUGGCAGAAUGUCAGUGCAUAUUAUGAGAAAGAGGGCAAGGUAUAUUCUAUCGGGCAACAAGCGUCUGAGCCAUUUUUCCGGGGCCGCAAGUUGGUUCUGAACUACACUGAUGGCUCACCGUGUGCUGGGGAACUCAUUGGAAAUGCUUCGCGCACCAAAUCGACAAUUAUGUCGUUCCUUUGCGAUCGCGAUGCUCCAGCACAUCAGGCGACCGCGUCCUUUGUUGGUACUAUGGACCAGUGCACAUACUUCUUUGAAGUCCGAAGCUCUGCCGCCUGUGGUGGUGUCGCCCCGGCCGACGGCCAAGGCCUUGGCCCAGCCGGUGUUUUCGGUGUAAUUGCAUUGAUCGCCGUCGUCGCGUACCUUGUUGGUGGCUGCGCUUAUCAGCGGACAGUCAUGCACCAACGCGGUUGGAGACAGUGCCCGAACUACAGCCUCUGGGCGGGCAUGUUCGACUUUGUAAAAGACAUGUUCACUAUUCUCGGCUCCUCCUUAGGCCGCGUGUUCCGUUUCAAACGAUCGCCGGCUCUCGGCCACACCCGCAGCGGCAGCCAGCGCGGCGGGUUCAUCAGUGCGAUCGGCGGGCGGAGAAAUUCCGGAAGAGAUGUCGAUGCCGAAAAUCGACUGAUAGAUCAACUGGACGAAGAAUGGGAGGACUGAUAUUUUAUGAUCUUCCCAAUCUCCCUUGCUUUUGCUUUCCACUGUGUCGGUUCUGUUACAUGAUUGUCAUGUCUGAUUUCGCUGUAUUGCAUGUUGGAUGUAAGAUUUUCCUGGACUGUUACGAAUAAGGGUCAUUGGCGCUAUGGAUUCCUUCGCUUCCAAACAAGGAUAUGAUAUUCGCUUUAGCAUUCCGUCUGUCGACAAGGCCUCACAUUGAUUUAUGGAGUCGAUUCUGGUGUGUGGAGCCACCUGUACUAAGUUAAGAUACAACGUAAGAUGCUGCGCAUUGUAUGCUGGGAAGACCAUACAUGCCACCGAAUUGAUGAGCGCCCAAAACUACGUAGCUGUAAAAUAUGCACAGCUAUUAAUGAAC